GGAAAUCUCCGAAGAAAUCAAGUCAGUUUAUGGCAUACUUGCCAAAAAUUUGUCGACUGAACUAAAAGGCCCUUGGUCGCUGUAAAGUCUUACAUAAGCGUUGCACGUUGUUGAACCCAUUCGUCAAUACAAGGCAAGAUGCUAGCCCUUGAAAAAGUGAUUAUUUGUGCUUUAGCUUCAUCUGUGUGGAUUGAUAUUUCUUGUGCGAUCGCCCCUCUUCCUGAAGAGAACAUGAAUGUGGUAAGUUGAGGUGAUUUCACUUGCAAAUUACGGUCAAUACAAUACCCAUGAAUACAGCUUAAGCUUAUGUCUUAACCGAAAAACAGGUGUGAGAAGGGGUUGAUCACUAAAAAUGUAUGUAGGUAGCUUUACACAAUGUUUUAUACUGUGACGUUAUCACCAGGCACUAAAACACAGCCCGAGGGCCGGGGUGGUAUUUUAUCACGUGAUAUCUUAACCAUAUGCCGAUGCGGGGGGCGGGGGGGGGGUGGGGGGGUACUCUCUUAUUUAGCCUAAGCGGGUAUGUGCUGCUGAACAAUUCCAUGAUGUCAUUUUCAAAAAAUUAUUAAUUCCGUGUGUGAAACAAAAAUGAAUCAGGGUCAUAGCAAAAGGUCUCUUGAUUUAACAAGGGAAGCACAUGAACAAUUUUUUGUCUUUAACAGGGUCAGCAGGGUUUGGCCUUGGCAGCACACCUCUACCCAAACUUUCCUUGAGUGGCCCCCUACCUCUGAUUUACCAUUCCUGUCACAGCUCUUGGAUUCAUGCUGUUUUAAAUGGUGUUAAUUCUUCUUCAUACAUGAAUUCCGUCAAUUUUCUCCAUUAUAUGCCAGGCCCACUGUGACAGACAUAACCACUGCGCCCUUUGGUCAAAAUUCUUUAAUGUCUUUGUUUUGUUUUUAUUAUCUUUAUAUAUAUAUAUUUUUUCAUUUGUCAAAAAAUCAGUCCCAGGCAGUCUGGCGAGGGAAAGGAGAAACUUGACAGACAUGGCCUUAACAAAAGGAAAUUUUUUACUUCGUAAAUUAAGUCUUGGACAAAAUGGAAACCAAAAGUUUGAGGAAAAAUUGAAUAAGAACAGGAGCCUACAGGCUCUUGAAAUGAGACACAAUUCUCAAUGUAUUAGAAUGGACUCUGGACUCUGGACUGUGUGGUGGACUGAUAGGGUUUAAAUAAACCAUCGAAGGCCACAUGCAGUGUGACAAUGUGUUGUGUUUAAAAUCUGUAUUCAAUAUUUAGAGGGUAAAAGUAAGAUUUGCAGAUAGUGGACUAGAAAUAAAGCACAGAUUUAAGCUAAUUAUUUAUUUUCUUUAAGAGCCCCACAAGAUAUCCUUGCUUAACUUCCUUACUCUUGGUCCAUACACCUUGUUCUGAAGGUCAAGUUGUGACAAGUCUAGGACACUAUCAGUAAAACUUGAUUGUAGCAUUUUAAGCUUUUACAAUUAUGUCUCUUACACUUUGCAAAGAUAAAACUUGUGACAAUUUUUUCAGUUGACUGCUACCCCCAGUGCCAUUUGCCUCUCCUUUUGAUAGACCAUCUCCUCCUGUGUGGGUGAGGAAUGCGUGACACAGCCCCAAGGACAUCUGUGUAGGAGGCUACACUGUCCUAAUUCUGAGCGCCAAAGGUUCCAUCAUAAUAUCAGAUGGUCUAUUUUAAAUCAGUUCAUGGCAGGCUCUGGAAUUCAUUGAUUGAUAUCAAUUAUCACAAGAAAAAUAAAGGACUGUCAUUUUGUCUGGGAAUGGAAAAACAAGGUGAAAUGAUUCCUAUGUGACUAAUAAUAUUACCAUUGUUCUGGCUUAAAUCUAUUUUGUUUCUGUAGACUGAGAUAAUUCAUUACAAUGGCUACCCAGCUGAAGAGUACACUGUAACAACAGAUGAUGGAUACAUCUUAACCAUUCAAAGAAUUCCUCAGGGUCGUCAGGAAACGUACUUAACAGGCCCUAAACCAGUGGUUCUUGUUCAGCAUGGGCUGCUCGCAUCGUCUUCUAACUGGGUUGCAAAUUUACCAAAUGAAAGCUUUGGCUUUAUUCUCGCAGACAAAGGAUUUGAUGUUUGGCUUGGAAACAUUCGUGGAAAUACCUACGGUAGACAACAUGUGAAUCUCUCAGUUGAUUCAGAUGCUUUCUGGAAUUUCACGUAAGUGAGAUGUUUAUUUAAAGACAUGUUAUUAAGUAAAAAUGUGAGAAAUAGAUGUCAGUAUUUUUCAGAAAACUAGUUUUCUGCAGUUGGAACGUAAGUUCAGGAGUGUGCCCAAAGCCAUUUUAUUUUCCUGAGACACAUUGUACUUUCACAGUGUUGAAAAAAUUAGGAAGGCCACACUAUGAGCUAUGGGGCUCAUACAACCAGAGCUUAUCCCGUUUUCUGUGGCAUAUUCAAAGCAUCAAGGAAUAUGUAAAGCUUCUCUUCCUAUACAGACAGAAUCGCUAGUCGAUGCAGGGUUUAUACCCUCGUGACUAUAAACUGUACUGCCAACCCGGAGAAAAACGUUUCUUGUCUAAGAGAGUGGUGCAAUGGCAAAACUUGAAACUAGAUCUACAGAUCUGAAGGAUGACAUGCUUUUUGCUAUCAAUUACCUCUUAUCUGCCUCCUUCCAUUCACUCAUAGUUCUGUUUUAAUGUUCACUUUAUAGCUGGGAUGAAAUGGCAAAGUAUGACCUACCAGCGAUGGUUAACUUCGUCCUAAAAAAAACUGGGCAGCCCUCAUUGCACUAUGCUGCUCAUUCACAAGGAAGCCUUAUAGCUUUUGCAGAACUGUCCAGAAAUCAGGAUUUAGCACAGAAAAUAAAGGCUGUCUUCGCCCUAGGACCUGUUGCUUAUUUGGGUCACAUGGAGAGCCCACUGAAAUUUUUGGCUGAUUUUCUUCCAGAGCUUGAGGUAAUUCAAUCUUGGAAAAAUGGGGACUUAAACAUUAACGGUCAUUAUAAAUAUCUUGUUAGAUGUUUGGCAUGUGGUAUGCAUGGCUGAGUAUUUUUACAAACUAAUUUUGGCAUGGGUGCAGAACUCAAGAAUAAGUCAAAAGAGUUCAUGGCUAUGAAUAUGAAAUAGCCAAAUUACCUAUUGAAACUGAAUUAUGGAUGUUAUCUCAACUAAUAUUUGAUCUGCCUCUCUGAAUAAUGCAAUGUUAAAUGUCAUCAUACUUGUGUUGGAUUUUGUAGGACUUUUUCAAGUUUUUUGGUGUUCGUGACUUUCUUCCUUCAAAUGACAUCAUAAAAUGGAUGGCUACGUAUCUUUGUGAACCUGGUGAUACACGAGAAAUUUGUUCUAGUAUCAUUUUCAUCAUUUGUGGUUUUGACCUCCCGCAGCUUAACAUGGUAAGAUUAUAGAAAACUUUAGUCGCUCUCAACCUUAUGACCACUCUCCUAGGUGACCAGCUCUAUUUAUGACUGGAACCUGUGCUCUUGCCUGUAAAUGUAAAUAUCGGCGUUGCAGAUGACAAGAAUUGCAUAGAAUUGCAGCUUAGUGUUAUGGACAAAUCCAGUAUACAAAACCUCCUGAGCAUCCGCUGCCAGCCAGCAGUUGGUUCUAGUUCAGGUUUCAAUGUGACAUUCCCACGUGAUUGGAGCAAUAAAAUUUUCCAAAGCUGAUGCCAAUAGAUCAGAACACUUUUCCUUUGAUGCUGCAUCAUGGUUGCUUCUUACUAAUUCACGUCAAUAAGUUACUCAUUACGGCUCAGCCAAUCAGGAAUUUGUGGAUGCCAGCAUCCGCAGAAAUGAACAGAAGGGGGUUCUUACAGCAGGUGUCACUUACCCUCUCUUCCCAGUCCUCCUGCCUUUUUCCCUUCCUCCCAAUCCCCUACCCCUAUUGACCCCUGCUACGCAGGCCAACUACUGGCUGAUUCUUUCCUUUGUUUCUAUGUUCUUGUGAGCAUAACCACCAUAUAAUAAUUAUGCAGUGACAUUUAAAUAGAAAAAAAUUAUUUCUAGAUAAAAUUUAGGGCAAUUAAUGCAUUAAUACUCUGACUGCCUGUAUGAUGGCUACAAAUAAGUGCUUCUCAAUUUUUUAUACUAUUUUUGUUAAAUGUUUUUAUCAUUUUAGACUCGCUUGCCUAUCUACAUUGCCCACACUCCUGCAGGAACAUCAGUUAAAAAUAUGGCUCACUUUGGACAGGUAUAGAGAUUCACAGUUUUGUCAUUGUCAUGUUAAAUAUUAUUAAUCUGUUGAAAGUUUUCAUGAUUUUGGAUUUUUCUUGGAUUUGUAACUGAUAUAUUAUACAAAAGAGCAUUAGCUAAGUAUAUGAUCUCUGUUUUGUCUCAUCAAUGGGCACAUUAUUUUUCCUAGAUGUACAGGUCUAACAAGUUCCAGAUGUUUGAUUAUGGAAGCGCAGAAAAAAAUAGGCAACAUUAUGGAACUGUACGUAUUAUAAUACAUGCAUAAUCUAUGAUGUAUAACCUUUUUUCGUGAUUACAGUAUCUUGAUUUGCUUGUCAAAGUAGUGGUGUAGUAGUGGUAAUAGUGGUGGUAAGUUUGCAGCUGCAAAAAGUUCCUGAAAAAGACCUCUUGGGUUGACAUUCGGUUGCAGCAUUUCUGGGAGCAAGGGAAUGUCCAAAAAGUUAGUCCUGUUUCCCUGGUCAGAAUGCAUGGCCAAAAAGAAGGGAGGUGGGUCACAUUUCCAUUAGCCUGUGUAGCUAGCUAGUGGAAUUGGUUUUGCUUGUGUGAGAGCUUCACAGCAUCCAUGCCAAACUUUUCUCAGGUUAACGAUCUCACUAGCUACACAGGCUACAUUUUUACAAGUCGCUGUUUUGUCAGUAGCUUAAUUACUAAUACAAAGCAAUUAAGGAUGAAAAACCAUCUUGGUUCUAUGGUUUAUUUAUCUGUAGCAUCUUAAUGACCUGGCCCUGGUUGUUCAAAAGAUGGAUGGUGCUAGCAUAAAUAUAAAUCACUAUCCAGUGGAUAAGUAUAUAUUAUGAAAACCAAUUGUGCAUCCAGUUGAUAGAGAUUUAUCUGAUGGAUAGCACUAUAUCCACCUUUUGAACAACUGGGGCCUGAACUUUGACUUGUGGAGUGUGGCUUAAGAAGAAAACCUCCCAUAUUAGCCUCUAGGAAACCAGCUUCCUUGCAAUGUUUGUUAUUAUUGAUAAGGUGUUUACCAAUAUCGACUAGUAUUCAUAAGAUGUCUUUUUUUUUCUUUUUUUGAUAUUCUCUGUCCACAGGAUACCCCUCCACAAUACAAUGCAUCAGCUAUCACUGUACCAUUAGCACUUUACUGGGGAGGAAAUGACUGGCUGGCAGAUCCUGAUGAUGUGAAGGUGUUGAUGCAAAAGCUUGCUGAUGAGACUUUGUGGUACAAUAAGACUAUAAAGGCUUGGCAACAUUUGGAUUUCAUUUGGGGAUUGGAUGCAGCACCUCUUGUCUAUGAUGACGUUGCUAAAAAGAUCCUUGACAAGGAACUUGAAUUCAAAUAACAUCAGCAACUAGAGUGGAUUGGCGUCUUGAUAAAACACCCUUCUUUGUAAAAACUGUACAUAAGAUAAUUAAGCAGAAGUGUCUUGGUGAAGUAACCGGAUAUUAGUAAUAAUGGUUUCCAUAUGAAGGCUACCAGCGUCGGAAAAAAAGUUCAGAGCCCUUAGUGAUUAUAAGGAAGCAUUUAUUUGACCAUCACAGUAAUGGAAGCGAAUGCUGAGGGCAAUUUUCAAC